GUUUUUCUUGCCCAAAUUAUUAAUCAUUUGUGGAUCAUGUUCGUUAAUAGAAACACAAUUUGGUAUAAUUUAGGCGCUGUGAGUAUACUUCUCAAGAGAAAAUAUCCUAGUUCCAACUGACCUUAUCGUCUCCAUCCGCCACAACCCAUUCUCUCCGGCACAAGCUAUGGUAGCUGAAAGAACAAGCUGAUCAGAAUGUCCCUCGCCACGGUCAAAUUCACAGAACUUCCACUCCGUACCUCACUUCCUCUCUCAUUCUCUUCCCCAAAACCCUCUCUUUCACUCCUCAAAUCUUUCUCUUGUCUCCGAACAUCCACUCUGACUCAGCACAACUUCCCCAAUACCCCUAGCAAAACCCCAAGCUCUAGCUCUGCUUCUCACAGUUCUAGGAUUUCCUCCGCCCCCUGGAUCAACAAAUGGCCUGCUCUGAACCCCCCAAUCUCCUCGAGCAGGAGAGAGACUGUGAAUACAGUGGAUAAGCGAGAGCACGAUCGGGCGGAGACCCUAUAUUUCGAUAAGGAUAGAGGAACUAGUGCAAUUGAGAGGAUUGUGCUUCGGUUGCGGAAUUUAGGGUUGGGAUCGGACGACGAGAAGGAAGAGGAAGGUGAGAGUGAUGCAAUGCAGCUGCGUGGGGACGAGAAGUUGGGGGAUUUGUUGCAGCGGGACUGGGUGCGGCCUGAUAAAAUGUUGCUGGAGAAUGAAGAAGAUGAUAUGGUUUUGCCGUGGGAGCGGACGGAGGAUUUGAAUGGGCCUGCGGAGGACGACGAGAGAAGGAGGAAGAAGAGGGUGGUGAAGGCGCCAACGCUGGCAGAAUUGACGAUUGAGGAUGAGGAGUUAAGGAGGUUGAGGAGGCUUGGGAUCACACUACGGGAGAGGAUUAACGUGCCCAAGGCUGGCGUUACGCAGGCGGUUCUAGAGAAGAUUCAUGACAAGUGGAGGAAAUCGGAAUUGGUGAGGCUUAAGUUCCAUGAGGUACUUGCACACAAUAUGAAGUUGGCGCACGAGAUUGUUGAGCGUCGAACGGGAGGAUUAGUUAUAUGGAAGUCUGGAAGUGUUAUGGUUGUCUUCCGGGGAAGUAACUAUGAAGGGCCUUCAUCUAGACCCCAGUCUCUUGGUACAGAAGGUGAAAUGUUUGUUCCGGAUGUUUCUUCUGUUGAUAAUCUGGUAGUGAGGAAUGUAAAAGAUGAUAGUUCAACUCUAAAAAGGAGUGAGCCCAAUGUUAAGAUUCAAGACAGUGUCGAGGGCAUGACUGAAGAGGAAUCCAACUUCAACAGCAUGCUAGAUGGUUUGGGUCCUCGUUUUGUUGAAUGGUGGGGUAGAGGGAUAAUUCCUGUUGAUGCUGAUUUACUCCCUCAAACAAUUCCUGGUUACAAAACUCCUUUCAGGCUUCUUCCAACAGGAAUGCGAUCUCGACUAACCAAUGCGGAGAUGACCAAUUUACGAAAGCUUGCCAAAUCACUACCAUGUCAUUUUUCCCUCGGGAGAAAUAGACAUCAUCAAGGGUUGGCAGCUGCUAUAAUAAAGCUUUGGGAGAAAAGCCUUGUUGUGAAGAUUGCUAUCAAACGAGGAAUCCAGAAUACAAACAACAAGUUAAUGGCUGAGGAGCUAAAGAACUUAACAGGAGGAAUUUUACUGCUUAGAAAUAAGUAUUACAUUAUCAUGUACCGUGGAAAGGAUUUCCUCCCUACAAGCGUUGCUGCUGCUUUGGCAGAAAGACAGGAAUUGACGAAGCAGAUUCAAGAUGUUGAAGAGAGAGCGAGAAGUGGAGCAGCAAAGGUGGCUUCAUCAAGUGAAGAUGGACAGGCUCUUGCAGGUACUUUGACUGAGUUUUAUGAGGCUCAAGCGCGGUGGGGAAGAGAAAUUCCUGCUGAAGAGCAUAAGAAGAUGAUAGAAAAUGCUUCUAGAGCUAAGACUGAAAGGGUAGUCAAGCGAAUUGAACAUAAGCUAGCUAUUGCCCAAAGCAAAAAGCUUAGAGCAGAGAGAUUGUUAGCCAAGAUAGAAACAUCCAUGGUUCCCAUUGGUCCUUCUGAUGACCAGGAAACAAUUACUGAAGAGGAACGAUUUAUGUUUCGAAGAGUUGGUUUAAGAAUGACGCCAUAUUUGCCUCUUGGCAUCCGUGGUGUUUUUGAUGGUGUUAUUGAGAAUAUGCAUUUGCAUUGGAAGCAUAGAGAGCUUGUGAAGCUGAUCUCUAAGCAGAAGACCCUUGCUUUUGUUGAAGAAACAGCUAGGUUAUUGGAAUAUGAGAGUGGUGGAAUUCUGGUGGCCAUAGAGAGAGUUCCAAAAGGUUUUGCACUUAUUUAUUAUCGGGGGAAGAACUAUCGACGGCCCAUUAGCAUUAGGCCAAGAAAUCUUCUAACAAAGGCAAAAGCAUUAAAGCGUUCAGUGGCCAUUCAGCGGCAUGAGGCUCUCAGUCAGCACAUAUCUGAACUGGAGAGAACCAUAGAGCAAAUGAAAAUAGAACUUGGUAAAGCUGAAGAUGUAGAGGACAAGAAUAUUGGAACCCCAGAGGAUCAUGUCAUGGGUCUUACCCAGAGUGAGGAUGAAGAUUCAUGCAUGGAUUCUGAUGGCAACAAUGACGAAGAUUUUUUUGAUUCAGAAGAUGGAGAGUAGCUUGAGUUGUGGCCAUCCUUUCAGCAAGAAAUUCGUUCCAUAUAUAUAUGUAUUAGAAGGAAAUGGACAGGACAUUCUUCAUGCACCAUAAGAUAACCCUUGAGCUUUAAGUUUAUAGAUUGAGGCUUGCUCGGACAAGAGCAAAAGAGAUCUGUACAAGCUUCCGCAGCAUCAAUCUUUUCGACCAGGCCAGCGUUGUAAAGAAGAAACUGGAAAAAAUUCAAAUGAAUAAAAAUAAUAAUAAUAAUUUUUUU